AUGCUAGUCGGAGUGCCUUUUUCAUUGGGUGGCUUUGCUUCUGGGGCACUCAUAGCAUCCUUAAUACUUGUAGGCGUUACCGCCGACAGCUCUCCCUUCGCACCGCCAAGUGAUUCUGGCUCUGGUUCAAGCCCAUUUGCUCCGCCGUCAGGAUCCGGCUCUAGUCCCUUUGCUCCUCCAUCUGGCACUGGCUCCGGCUCUGUAUGUCCUUCAACGUGGAGCACAACCCCCAAUGGGUCUCCAGAAAUCACCACCACAUUCAAUUGUCCCACAGAUGAUGGAAAGCUCUACGCAACAUCUAGUGGAGACUAUAUGUACAUUCAGUGUUGUACAGACAGAAACAAUGGCCUCCUCCUGGGUGUCGACAAUGUGGCCGACUUUGGUGCAUGCAUGGAUCUGUGUAUGAAGGAUCAGACUGGGAAGUGCCGGAGUGUUUCGUUCACCGAUGCUACAACCGGUCGAUCUGACCCUUUCAAUUGCGCCCUAUAUGCUCAUGGAGGGUUUGCCCCAGACGAGAGCCUUCAGGAGGCUCAUCACGCCUACUUCGUCGAGGCUCCUUACCAGGACCAGCCGGACGAUGAGAUCGAGCUCUGCUCGACGAAAUGCCCAGGCGCACACAAUCAGGUGUUUACUUCGAACUACGGCGAGACCUUCCUGAUGGUUUGUGGCAAGAGACAUGGCUCUCCAGGUGUAUCACAGUUCGUGGACUCGUAUGAACAGUGUAUCGACACCUGCGGGCUCAUAGGCCAAUGCAAGAGCGUUGAUUAUCAUCAUCGAACAGGUAGCUGUACCUUUGGUGACCACGGUGGCGAGCCCAUGAUCGACGCGCCUGGCUACGCGAGUGCCUGGUCCAUGGGCUGUUCCGGAGCAUGCAAAACGUACCCAAAGCCACCAGCCCCUGCCGAUGAGAAGCAUUGCCCAGGCCCCGGUGGGUAUCAUCUAGGCAACUGGCUUGUUGACGGUAUGCCGUGGCUGACUCGAUGUUCAACGUACUACUACGAUGAUAAGAAGAAUGGGGGCGCCUAUGUUCUGGAUACGGCCGCGGCUUCGGUGGAAGACUGUAUGAAGAAGUGCCAGGAUGAUGACCCACGAUGCGUAUGGGGAUCUUUCAACUUUGCGUCUGGUGAAUGUACGGGUUACCCGACACGUUGGAAUUCCAUUGAUGUUGCAACCGAUGGGAAGGUCGCGAAGCACGUCAAUUUUGGCAGACUGCCGACCGGGCCUGGUAUGGCACCUGUCCCAUAA